AUGCUUUCCUUUGUAGAAGUUGAUGGACAAAAGAAGAGUGGACGAGGUGUUCUGAAAGGUUUAAAAGUAUCCAAGAAGCGCUUUGCCAGUGGAUCUGCAAAGCUGAAUGUUGCAUUUUCAGAUAGGUUGGGUGGUUCAACAGGAAUGAAUUAUCGUUCAUUUGUAGAUGACGUGGUAGUUUUUAUGAAAAGAAGGAUACCACUCAUUGGUGUGAGGACGUGGGCUGACAUUCAUGCUUCUGUUCAUCGACUCAUAGUUGCGGAUGUGCUUGAAAGAUGGAACUUGGAAGAUACACCAGAUAUGGAGGAUAAAAUACUGAAAAUUGCUAAAGAGCGUUACAGAGGUUGGCGGUCAACUCUUCACUCCACAUACAAGGCCUACAAUACUGAUGCCGCUCGAAUGGCUAAUGUGCCGGAGGAUUUACAGCCAGAAGAGUGGGAGUGGCUGAUUAAUUACUUUGGCACUAAUUCAAAAUUCCAGGAAACUAGCCAAAAGAACUCUGAUAAUCGAAAAAAACAAAAGGUAAUACACAGAGUUGGAUCAAAAUCUUACUCACAACUCAGUUUUGAGAAGAGAGAUUUAGAAACUGGAGAAGAGCCUGAUUGUUUAGCUCUCUGGGAACUGACUCACACAAAGAAUGGAAUAUGGUCUAACAGAGAAUCUCAGGAUGUUUAUGACAAAGCUUGUGAAGAAGUAAACCUGAAGGAAGGUGAAACUAAUGGCCCAGUUUCAACUGAAGAUAGGAAUAAUAUUUUUCAGACCAACUAUAAAAUCACAAUGGGAUGCAAAUCCUCACAGCCUCGUGGGUAUGGCUACAUGGCUAAACCUCCUAGACCGGCUGAUAGGUUUCGUGUCGAGCUUGAAGAGCAAUCCCGUGCUUCCCAAAGACAAAAUGCUGAGCUCAACCAGCAAGUUACGCAAUUGCAAGAUGAACUCCAAGCUGAGCGUGAAAAUACGCAGCAACAACUAGAACUUGAGCGAGCUGAACGACAACGACUGGAGGAGAGGUUACAAGAAGAUAGAAUAGAGAGGGAAAGACUUUUAGAAGUGGAACGCAGAUCAAGGCAGCUAGAAUUGCAGGCAGUUCAGGAGUCGUUCAUGAAAAAAAUUGCAGAAAUGACGGAAAUGAUGGGAACCCAACAGACAUUAGCGCAACAGAUCGCCCCUAGGAGGAAUGGCAAGGAAAAUACUAAUCCAAAUGUCUCAAGGUCACUUUUUCAGACCCCAAGCUGUUCUGAACACUUGAACAUGGUCGAAUUGUACAAACAUUGA